CGAACCACCGAAACCAAAAAAGUAAACGAGCAGCAGCCGGGACGCAAGCAGAGGCGAAGCACAACAGCCCGACCGGGAAUCUUCUUCCUCCCUCCCUCGCCAUUGCGCCACCAGCACAUAUUAAAAAACCAGCAGCGAUCGGCCCACCCCGCCGAGCGAGCAGGCGGCCGCUCCCCCCAAAUCUCUCGUCGAUGGCGCCGCCGUCACCCAUCACGUGCCGCCCCUCGGCGGCGCGGCACCCGCUGCUGCUCCGCGCCCCCGCGCCGCGCGUUGAUGGACCGGCGCUCGGGCUGGGGCGGGCGCUGCCGCCGACGAGGGAGCCGCUGGUCGCGACGCGGGCGCACGUGCGGGGGAUCGUGGCGGCGGCGCGGGUGUGGCCGAACAGGAGCGGGAGGGAGGAGGCGGCGCGGUGCGCGGCGGCGGGGCAGGUGGCGGGGAGCGCUGGCGUCGGGAGGGGUGCCGGGAUGGAGGUGGCCCUCGCCAGCGCCGCGGUCGUCGCCAUGGGCACGGGGAACCGCGUCCUCUACAAGCUCGCGCUCGUGCCGCUGCGGGAGUACCCCUUCUUCCUGGCGCAGUUCGCCACGGUCGGAUAUGUAGUCAUCUAUUUCUCGAUCCUGUAUCUUCGGUAUCAAGCGGGCAUUGUCAACGAUGAGAUGCUGUCUCUACCGCAUAAACCUUUUCUAGCUGUGGGAAUCUUAGAGGCUUUUGGUGCUGCAUCAGGGAUGGCGGCUGGAGCUGUUCUUUCUGGGGCUUCAAUACCAAUACUCUCACAGACAUAUCUUGUUUGGCAGCUUCUUCUAUCUGCAAUUUUCUUGAAGAGACGCUAUAGAAUUAACCAGAUAACUGGAUGCUUUCUAGUGGCUGUUGGUGUCGUAAUAACUGUAGCAAGUGGAUCUGGUACUGGCGCUUCACUUAAAAGUACUGGAAUUGUAUGGCCACUGCUAAUGAUACUAUCAUUCUUUCUCCAAGCUGCUGAUUCAGUAUUGAAGGAAACAAUAUUUAGAGAUGCUUCUAAAAAAUUGAAGUGUGGCUCAGUUGAUCUUUUUGUUGUCAAUUCGUAUGGCUCUGCUUAUCAAGCUCUUUUUAUGUGUCUCUUGCUGCCUUUUCUGUCAAAGUUAUGGGGAGUUCCAUUCCAUCUGCUACCAACAUACAUUAAAGAUGGCGCAGCCUGCUUCUUAAAUAUGGGAUCAAUAUCUGGUUGUGAAGGGGCGCCACUACUACCGCUACUGUUUGUGUUGGUUAACAUGGGAUUCAAUAUAUCAUUACUACACCUACUAAAGAUCUCCUCAGCAGUUGUAUCUUCCUUGGCUGCUACAUUCUCAGUUCCGCUGUCCAUCUACGCAUUCACCCUACCAUUGCCGUAUAUCGGAGUGGCAUCAACUCUGCCACCCGGCUUUGUUGCGGGUGCAGCAGUACUCACUGCUGGCUUACUACUGUACAGCCUCCCACAGGCACAGCACUCCGGAAAUUGUUUCCACAACAAGAAUGACUAGUUAGCAUUCAUUUCUUGAUUGAUUCACCACCCUUUACUCCAAGAUGGUGCAUCACCUGGGCUUGAAGGGAAGAACAGUUCUCCUGAGGGCCUCCUGGGUGUUGUAUGUUGUAUGGUACAUAUCAUAUAUAUACCCACCAAUAAAAGCAAGGAAACGGCAUACGGAUAUAAUGAAUAAAGCUUGAGAGCUGUAAGUACCUGUCCGCCGGACAUUGUUAUUACUGAGUGAAGGUCGGAGAUGGGUAUGCACAGUGGUGAGACGGGAAGAGAACCAGGGAGAAGAGCAGGAGCAUCAUCACCACAGGGACGAAGAGAAGGAUCAGCGGUGGGGGCGAAAGGGGUGGCAGCACCAAUGGUAGCAACAGGAGGAUGACUGUCGCCGCCAGCAACAUCAUCAGCACUCCCUUGUUCAUCGCUGCCCCCGUCCUGUGUUGUGAUGAAACUUCUGCCAACUCCAAUGGCCAGCAGCCGGCUCCAGAUUUUCUUUAGGAUCUCAUGUUUGUUGUGAGGAUUGAGGAAGCUGUUGUGCGUGUUAGAAAAUGUUGUACUAACUAAUCCGAUGGAACUGGGGAGUUGGCAAGCUAUAUAUAAUGUAUAUGGCCAGCAUGAAGCAGCAGGCCAGAUGGGGUGUUUUGGUA